AUGUCGGUGUCUGGAGGUGGAAGGGAGAAAAGAGAUUGCUCAAGACAGCCUUCCAGGGAACUGACGAAAGAAAGACAGAAAGGAUCGAGAGAACGCUGUCCCCGGUCCAAACGUAGUCGGUGUUGUGCUCCGGCCAGCAGCUUUGGGGCAAGGGAAAAGAAGCGCGUCUCUCUGCUCCGGCCACUGGCUGGAAGGGAUCGAACAGAUACGCGACCAGACGACAGCUUUGUCAGCGGGAUAUGGGUCUUUUACCCUUCGGCUCGCCGCAGGAACUUUGCAAUGAAGAAUAGCGUAGCAAUCAUCCUUUUUUCUCUCUCUCUCUGUCUUUCUCCCACUCUCUAUCUCUUUCUUUCUCUCUUUCUCUCUUUACAAGAAUCAUCCUUUUCUCUCUCUCUCUCUGUCUUUCUCCCUCUCUCUAUCUCUUUCUUUCUCUCUUUCUCUCUUUACAAGAAUCACCCUUUUCUCUCUCUCUAUCUCUUUCUCUCUCUUUCUCUCUUUACAAGAAUCACCUUUUCUCUCUCUCUCUAUCUCUUUCUUUCUCUCUUUACAAGAAUCACCCUUUUAUCUCUAUCUCUCUCUCCGUCUUUCUCUCUCUAUCUAUCUCUUUCUUUCUCUCUUCCUCUUUUUAUAAAAAUCACCCUUUUCUCUCUCUCUCUCCGUCUUUCUCUAUCUAUCUCUUUCUUUCUCUCUUCCUCUCUUUAUAAAAAUCACCCUUUUCUCUCUCUCUCUCUCUGUCUUUCUCUCUCUCUAUCUCUUUUUUUCUCUCUUCCUCUCUUUACAAGAAUCACCCUUUUCUCUCUCUCUAUUUCUUUCUCUCUCUUUAUCUCUUUCUCUCUCUCUUUCUCUCUUUACAAGAAUCAUCCUUUUCUCUCUCUCUAUCUCUUUCUCUCUCUGUCUCUUUCUCUCUCUCUCUCUCUUUCCCUCUUUACAAGAAUCAUCCUUUUCUCUGUUUCUCUCUCUCUUUCUCUCUUAACAAGAAUCACCCUUUUCUCUCUCUCUCUCUAUCUAUCUAUCUAUCUAUGUCUUUCUCUCUCUCACACACACACACAAACACACACGCGCACGCGCGCGCGCUUUCUCACUCUCUGUCUCACCAUCCCGCGUCAUCCAGUACUUUCCCCGAUUAUCCCCCCACACCAGUCCCUUUUGGCUUGUCAGUAUCGAGAAACGCCCGUCCCGUGGAAGAAGCUGUACGUGCCACAGACCAACUCAGGCACUCUCAUCCUUGUUCUCUUUCAUUCUCUCGUCAUCACGCUUUCUGUCGCAUCCAUGUCAAUCAUUCGACAAACAAUGGAUUGUCAUUCUUAA